UAUAUUCUUCUGCAUACUCUCUGUAAGAACAGCGUUUUGUGAUCAUUUCACAGCUUUCUGUCCCUCCUUGUCCCUGAAAAUUGCAUUUAGUGGAUAUGGCUGAGGCUGCACCGGCUGUUCCCAGUGAUGAAUUGUUCGAAUGGCCAAAGAAGGAUAAGCGCCGGUUCUUACAUGCUGUGUAUCGUGUUGGUGACCUUCAGCGCACCAUCAAGUUUUACACAGAAUGUUUCGGAAUGAAACUUUUGAGGCAGAGAGACAUUCCGGAGGAGAAAUAUUCAAAUGCCUUUCUUGGAUUUGGGCCAGAAGAAUCAAGUUUUGUGGUGGAAUUAACAUACAACUAUGGAGUGGAUAAAUAUGACAUUGGAACUGGCUUUGGGCAUUUUGCCAUUGCAACCACAGAUGUUUACAAAAUGGUUGAAGAUAUAAGGGCAAAGGGUGGCAAUAUCACUCGGGAGCCUGGUCCAGUUAAGGGUGGAAAGACUGUCAUUGCUUUUGUGAAAGAUCCUGAUGGCUACACUUUUGAGCUAAUCCAGAGGCCUCCUACUCCUGAACCCCUUUGCCAAGUAAUGCUUCGUGUGGGUGAUCUUGAACGCUCCAUCAAGUUUUAUGAAAAGGCCUUGGGGAUGAAACUACUGAAGAAGACUGAUAGACCAGAACAGAAGUACACCAUAGCCAUGAUGGGGUAUGCAGAGGAAGAGGAGACGAUUGUUCUGGAGCUGACAUAUAACUACGGUGUCACUGAAUACACCAAAGGAAAUGCCUAUGCACAGGUUGCCAUAAGCACGGAUGAUGUAUACAAGAGCGGUGAGGUUGUUAACCAGGUUACCCAGGAGCUUGGAGGAAAGAUAACUCGACAACCAGGACCAAUUCCUGGACUUAACACCAAAAUCACCUCCUUUCUAGAUCCAGAUGGCUGGAAGACAGUUCUGGUUGACAAUCAAGAUUUUCUGAAGGAACUAGAGAAGAGUAAGGCGUAGUGAGAUAAGCCUAUCGGUGUUAUUUUGGGGCAUUAAAAUCAGCGAAAAUAACUAAUAUGAAUAAGAUAGUUUUUGCUGUUAUUAAUGUUUAGUAUGCCCUGUUUCAAACGCUUUAGUCUGGUGAGAUGACCUAUGCCUAAAGUACUUUCUCUUGGCACACUAUGAAACCUGGCUAGUAUAAUAUCUAUAUGGAUAUGUUUUUAGUGUUGAAA